AUAGAUCAAUAUAUUAGUUGUUGGAAGAAAUAGCACUAAAUUAGUUGCACUGACUGUCACUCAUGUAUUGUAAAGACUAUUAUUAAUAGUCAGUAAUUGAUUGAUUCGGUUAUUAAUAAUAUAAUAAUAAAUAUUAUUAUUAUUAUCUAAAAUGUCAUCCAAUUUGUUGAACCAAAACUCAGACCCGCGAAGAGCCGACAAAAUUCAAAGAUAUAAGUCACCACCGAUUGGCACAUCCAGUGGUGACGACCCGUUGCCCGACUAUAUGAACGUAUUGUCAAUGUUGUUGUCGAUGUGCGGACUAAUGAUGAAACUGAAAUGGUCUGCUUGGAUGGCACUGUACUGUUCAGCCAUCUCUUUCACCAAUUGUCGUAUCAAUGAUGACACCAAACAGAUCCUGUCGUCAUUCAUGCUGUCCAUCUCAGCUGUCGUCAUGUCUUAUCUUCAAAACCCACAACCAAUGAGUCUUCCUUUUUCUAAUUAAGUCUUCAUUUGAAAUGUUAUCAAAUAUGUUAACAAUUAAACACAUUUUAUUUAAUAUAUUAAAAU